AUGCCUAUCACAGGAGUCUUCUUCAUCCCAUCAACUCCAAAUUCGGCAACAGCGUUUGCGACUGUUACAGAACGUCUGCACUCUGCUGUGGCAGAUGAGCCUCUCGCAAUCGGCCGGUGGGCCUUGGAGCACAAAUUGAUGAGGGACACCCCCUCCUGUCUACCUGGAUCGACACCGCAACGAUCAGCUCAGCCCAGAUACAUGCAGUUCCUGUCACUAUCCUACUACCCCAAUCAUGGCUUCAUCUACACCUCACCAAACCCCGAAACCCCCGGUCUGAAUGGCGGGAACAACUCUAACGCUACUGCUCCUCCAGGUGCAACGCAGCCCGCACAUCCUGGGACGCCCAAUUCAGCUCCCGCAGAAGGCUCUGGAUUGGUGAUGGCUACUGUACCCCUGCCGUCGUGCGGGACACUAUUCAAGCAUUUUGUCUACGCAUGCCAGCCCUUCUGGUGCCAUCGGCAUACGGUCGCUGUCCCCGGAGGCACGGUCUACGAUGUCGGCGACUUCCGAGUACGUAUCGGCGAUGUGCGUCAGACACAGCCAGCGGUACGGCCCCGAGGUACCGUCGUAGAAAUAGAGUGGAGGGGUCCGUCACUGGUGACGUCGAUCUCGACCCAGUAUUCCCAGUCUCGAAGAGGAUCCAGCCUUUCCCAGACUGACAGUUCUGCUGGUGACCACGACUCUGCGAUUGAUCUCGCGAUGUUCAGCAGCAUCGAGGACACAGAUGUUGAUGCCGAAUAUGUUGCGACUGCCGCACUGAUCCGCGAGUUCUGGUCCAAGCUAGGCAUUGAUGGGGCACGCGAAGCAAUUCUCGUGCCAGACGUGGGAAAAGAGGUGAAAAAGCAAUUAAGGAAGCUGAAACAGCAAGAGAAGGGAGGAGAUUGGUCGCCAACUAAUGAUAAUGGUGAUAUGGUGCGUACAGAUGAAGAUCCAGACCCUGAUGCAGGAACGGACUUGGCGAGACAAUUCAUGGAGAUCUUCAGAUUCAAUAGAUAA